AUGCCAAGGAGGAAUCAGAGCCACAUGACUGAAUUCCUUCUUCUGGGACUGACCACUGACCCCAAACAGCAGGUGUGGCUCUUUGCCACCUUCCUGGCCAUGUAUCUGGUCAACGUGGUGGGCAACUCAGUCAUCAUUGCAGGAAUCUGGGGGGAUGCCCGCCUCCACACUCCCAUGUACUUCUUCCUCUCCAACCUGUCCCUGGUGGACAUCUGCUUUACCACUGUCAUCGUGCCACGAAUGUUAGUGAACAUGCUGACUCAGAGAAAGACCAUUCUCUUUGCUCAGUGCCUCACCCAGAUGUAUUUCUUUGUGGCUUUUGGGAUCACUGACAGUUUCCUCCUGGCUGCCAUGGCCAUCGACCGCUACGUGGCCAUCUGUAACCCACUGCAUUACACCAUGACCGUGAGCCCCAGGCGAUGUCUCCUGCUGGUGAUGGCCUCCUGGGCAGUGUCCCACCUGCACUCGCUCACCCACACAAUUCUCAUGGCUCACCUCUCCUUCUGUGGGCCCAACAUCAUCCACCACUUCUUUUGUGAUGUCCAGCCACUGCUAACGCUCUCCUGCUCUGACACUUCUGUCAAUGAGCUUCUGGCCUUCACAGAAGGCUCCUUUGUCAUCAUUAGUCCCUUUAUCCUCAUUAUUGUCUCUUAUGUCUACAUCACCCAUGCUGUUCUGAGGCUCCCCUCAGGGAGAGGCAGGUACAAGGUCUUCUCCACCUGCGGAUCCCACCUCAUGGUUGUGGCGCUAUUCUACGGGACCAUAAUAUCUGUAUAUAUUCGCCCCUCAUCCACCUACUCGAUGACAAAAGAUCGUGUAGUCACUGUUAUCUAUACAGUAGUCACCCCCAUGCUGAACCCCUUCAUCUAUAGCCUUAGGAAUAAGGACAUGAAACAGGCCUUGAGAAAGCUAACUAAAAGAACAGAAUAG